UGGACCGCGCUAUUCCCGACGCGAUAAGAGGCAAAAUCUUGAUAAAGUCUUUAAGGUUGAGUAGGAAAGGGGUCGAAACACUACUACCCCUUCGGCCCGCCUCUCAAGUACUGGCACCUCCUCCCACAGGCAUGUUGCAGGCAGCUCACCCGACUCCUUCGAUUACUCCGAGGUCGGUAGGGUUCUGAGCGUCGGGGAAGCAGGAAAGCAAAUCCCGGGAAGACAGGCGUGGAUUUAAAAGAAUUACACGUUGAAAUCUGCUGGGGACUUUUUUUUUUUUUUUUUUUUUUUCGGUGCUGGUUGCGCGGCCCGGUUCACCCUAAGGCAUCGUGAAAGCCCAUCAGGCAGCGCCGCGGGCAGCCCCGCAGCCGGGGCCUGGUGCAGCCGCCGCGGCCGCUGUCAGGGAAGCGCAGGCGGCCAAUGGAACCCGGGAGCGGUCGCUGCUGCUGAGGCGGCGGUGUCGGCAGUCCGACUCCGACCGCCUGCACUCCUCCGCGGGAGCUCCCCGGAGGAAAAACUUCACUCCUUCAAAGCACCAUGAACCAGAAAUCAUAUUUCCCUGCUUCCCUCAGCUGGAGCCACACUGCAUGAAAACAUAUUUGCUAAACACCAUCCAAAAGAACAAAUGGAGAUUUAUUUUGGGGAAGAGGUUUAGGAAGAUCCUUUCAAGAGAAAGCCUAGUCCAAGUGCAUUUAGGACUUACGUGCAACAAGACGGAACGGUUCAAAGAAAGUGUGGAAGCUCAAAGUCUGGCUAUAGCCAUGGGAGACACGGUAGUGGAGUCUGCCCCCCUGAAGCCAACUUCCGAGCCUACUGUUAGCCCACCAGGGAAUAAUGGGGGCUCCUUGCUAAGUGUCAUCACAGAGGGGGCUGGGGAACUAUCAGUGAUUGACCCUGAGGUGGCCCAGAAGGCCUGCCAGGAGGUACUGGAGAAAGUCAAGCUUUUGCAUGGAGGUGUGGCCAUCUCUAGCAGAGUCACCCAGCUGGAAUUGAUCAAUGGGGAUAGUGUGGACAGUGAGAUCCGUUGCCUGGAUGAUCCACCUGCCCAGAUCAGGGAGGAGGAAGAAGAGAUGGGGGCCACUGUGGCCACAGGCACAGCCAAAGGAGCGAGGAGACGGCGGCAGAACAACUCAGCAAAACAGUCUUGGCUGCUGAGGCUAUUUGAAUCAAAACUAUUUGACAUCUCUAUGGCCAUUUCAUACUUGUAUAACUCCAAGGAGCCCGGAGUACAAGCCUACAUCGGCAACCGGCUGUUCUGCUUUCGCAAUGAGGAUGUGGACUUCUAUCUGCCUCAGUUACUUAACAUGUACAUCCACAUGGAUGAGGAUGUGGGUGAUGCCAUUAAGCCCUACAUUGUCCAUCGCUGCCGUCAGAGCAUUAACUUUUCCCUUCAGUGUGCCCUGUUGCUUGGGGCCUACUCUUCAGAUAUGCACAUUUCCACUCAGCGACACUCCCGUGGGACCAAGUUACGGAAAUUGAUCCUCUCAGAUGAGCUAAAGCCAGCUCACCGAAAGAGGGAGUUGCCUUCCCUGAGCCCAGCCCCUGACACAGGGCUGUCUCCUUCCAAAAGGACUCAUCAGCGCUCAAAGUCAGAUGCCACCGCCAGCAUAAGUCUCAGCAGCAACCUGAAACGGACAGCUAGCAAUCCUAAAGUGGAGAAUGAGGAUGAGGAGCUCUCCUCCAGCACCGAGAGUAUUGAUAAUUCAUUCAGUUCCCCUGUCCGCCUGGCCCCUGAGCGAGAAUUCAUCAAGUCCCUAAUGGCAAUUGGCAAACGGCUAGCCACACUCCCCACCAAAGAGCAGAAAACACAGCGGCUGAUCUCAGAGCUCUCCCUACUCAACCAUAAGCUCCCUGCCCGCGUCUGGCUGCCCACUGCUGGCUUUGACCACCACGUGGUCCGUGUGCCCCACACACAGGCUGUUGUCCUCAACUCCAAGGACAAGGCACCCUACCUGAUCUAUGUGGAAGUCCUUGAAUGUGAAAACUUUGACACUACCAGCGUCCCUGCCCGGAUCCCUGAGAACCGAAUCCGGAGCACACGGUCCGUGGAGAAUCUGCCUGAAUGUGGCAUCACCCACGAGCAGCGGGCUGGCAGCUUCAGCACUGUGCCCAACUAUGACAACGAUGACGAAGCCUGGUCGGUGGACGAUAUAGGCGAGCUGCAGGUGGAGCUCCCUGAAGUGCACACCAACAGCUGUGACAACAUCUCCCAGUUCUCUGUGGACAGCAUCACCAGCCAGGAGAGCAAGGAACCUGUGUUCAUUGCAGCAGGGGACAUCCGACGGCGCCUCUCAGAGCAGCUGGCCCACACCCCCACAGCCUUCAGGCGAGACCCAGAAGAUCCUUCCGCAGUUGCUCUCAAAGAGCCCUGGCAGGAGAAAGUACGACGGAUCAGAGAAGCCUCCCCGUAUGGCCAUCUCCCCAACUGGAGGCUCCUGUCAGUCAUCGUCAAGUGUGGUGAUGACCUUCGGCAGGAGCUACUGGCCUUCCAAGUGUUGAAGCAACUGCAGUCUAUUUGGGAACAAGAGCGAGUACCCCUUUGGAUCAAGCCAUACAAGAUUCUUGUGAUCUCGGCUGACAGUGGUAUGAUUGAACCAGUGGUCAAUGCUGUAUCCAUCCAUCAAGUGAAAAAACAGUCUCAGCUGUCCUUGCUCGAUUACUUCCUCCAGGAACAUGGCAGCUACACCACGGAGGCGUUCCUCAGUGCCCAGCGCAAUUUUGUGCAGAGUUGUGCUGGUUACUGCUUGGUCUGCUACCUGCUGCAAGUCAAGGACAGACACAACGGAAACAUCCUUUUGGAUGCAGAAGGCCACAUCAUCCACAUUGACUUUGGUUUCAUCCUGUCCAGCUCACCCCGAAACCUAGGCUUUGAGACAUCAGCCUUUAAGCUGACCACAGAGUUUGUAGAUGUGAUGGGCGGCCUGGACGGUGACAUGUUCAACUAUUACAAGAUGCUGAUGCUGCAAGGGCUGAUCGCCGCACGGAAACACAUGGACAAGGUGGUGCAGAUCGUGGAGAUCAUGCAGCAAGGUUGUCGCUGCUGCACAGGAGCCUCCCCUUCUGGCACCUUGAUGACGGUGGCCCAAGUCAUCUGUUCACAGCUUCCUUGCUUCCAUGGCUCCAGCACCAUUCGCAACCUCAAAGAGAGGUUCCACAUGAGCAUGACGGAGGAGCAACUCCAGCUUCUAGUGGAGCAGAUGGUGGAUGGCAGCAUGCGGUCCAUCACCACCAAACUCUACGAUGGCUUCCAGUAUCUUACCAACGGCAUCAUGUGACCCCAUGUCCUCAGCCCAGGCACAGUGUGGGGGAUCCAGGCCGCCCUCCAGGGAGGGCCCUUCUCUGAGAAAUCCCAAACCAGGAAACCCCACUCACCCAUCCACCCAAGGGAAAUGGAAGGCAAGAAAUGCAAAGGAUCAUGUGGUAACUGCAAGAGCUGGCCGAGGGGCAGAGAGCCAGCCAUAAGGUUCAGAAUCGUGGGGCUCCCCUGGCCCUUUGUCAGUAUUACCACCUGACAGACCCCAAGAUUCACUGCCCUCCAGAGAACUGAGGUGAUGAAUGUGGGGGCUCAGAGCCUCUCCUUGAUGGGCUCUGAGAAGCUCUUUCUAUGGGCUAUUCCCUCGUCUGUUCUGGGUUCCAGGAAGGGGGUUGAGUAGGUUCUUGUUACUUAGGACUUGAUCCUGUGGUUAGCUUUGGCCAUGCUGCUGCCCAACUUGAUCCCCCUCCCUGGGACAGAGCCCAAAGCCAGGUCCUUUUGAUAAUGGACUGCCCCAUCACUUGAGCACUUGCUGAGGUCCCCUUUACUGGGGCAAGGAAGGAAAUGACCAUAACCCCUCCAGUAUACAGAGGGUGUUAGCCUAGCCAUGGGGAAUAUUUAGCCAGUCCCUCCUCACACCCAGGGAAUAGCUCGCAAUUUUUUAAUUUUUGUUUGAAAUAAAGUCCUUAGUUAGC